AGCCCGGCGGCAGCGGGCGCCGAGCCAGGCACAUGCCUGCGAUAUGCAGGGGGCUCGCCCAGCUGCGCGCUCCCAGCCCCCUCGAGCAGUCCCCCGGCCGCUCUGCCCGCAGCAGCAGCCCCGGGACCGCCGCUGAGCGGAGCCGGCCCUGCGCCUCGCCCGCCGCCCUCCCGCUCCCAAACUUUGCAAAGUCUGGCAGCUCCCCGUGGCCGGCCCGGCUUGCGGCGGCCGCGGCAGCCGAAGCAGCAGGCGGAGGAGGAGGCGGGGUGCUGGCCAGCCGCCGCCGCAACAUCAAAGCGCCUCGAUUCCUGCUGCCGUGGGAGCCAUGCGCCGCCGUCUGUAAUGUCAGCGGAACAGGAGAAGGAUCCCAUCGCGCUGAAGAGAUCCCGAGGUGGUGACAGUGGAUUGGAUGGGUUAGGAGGACCAGGAGUACAACUUGGAAGCCCAGAUAAGAAAAAGCGCAAGUCAAAUACACAGGGAUCUUCCUUUCCUCCUCCAUCUGAAUAUGCUCCACCGCCGAAUCCAAGCUCAGACCACCUUGUAGCGGCUAAUCCAUUUGAUGAUAACUAUAAUAUUGUCUCCUAUAAACCUCUACCUUCAGGAAGUCCUUAUUUUAACCAUCCUGGUUACCCUGGUUUUGGAGGUUAUAACACUUUCAGAAUGCCACCUCACAUGCUGCCCAGAAUGUCCUCACCAUAUGGUGGUUCUUACACCCUCAGAAACCAGCCACACCCACUUCCUCAGAACCCUGUGGGAAUGGGUUUUAAUCGACCUCAUGCUUUCAACUUUGGUCCACAUGAUAACACAGGUUUUGGAAAUCAGCCAUCUUAUAACAGUGGUCAAAUGAGUCAAAAUGUCAAUAUGCCCAGUCAACACUUCAGACCAAAUCCUGGUGAGAACUUUGGUCACAUUCCUCCACAAAAUACUAGUCAAAUACCACACCCUGACAUGACAUCUAACUUUGGAACUGCAAGCAAUCCACAUUUUAAUUCCCAGUUAGAUUCAAACCAUUCUUUUGUUCCACCACCCAACACCUACAACCAGACAAAACCAUCAGCACAAAAGCAAGACUUCAGUCAAGGUGCAAGCAAAACUUCCAACCAGAACACGGCUACACAUCAGCAUCACCACAGAACAGAUGACAUCGUGAACCAAGGUAGUGCUGACUUAAAAAAUGUUAAUCGAAACACUGUAGUAAAUCAAGAGAGCAACCAUUCUCAUAAUGCAGAUAACACUAACAGUAGUCAUGCUAAUGGGACUCAGAGCAAGCCCCGUCAGCCUAGAGUUACAGCUGAAGGCUGCAACUCUGAAAAGAGCAGCAAAACAUCUCUCCACCUCAGUCGUCAUGGUCAUUCAUCCUCUGAGCCAGUCUAUCCAUGUGGAAUUUGUACACAUGAAGUUAAUGAUGACCAGGAUGCCAUCUUGUGUGAAGCUUCUUGUCAAAAAUGGUUUCAUCGGAUCUGUACGGGCAUGACUGAGUCUGCUUAUGGCCUCCUCACUGCAGAAGCAUCAGCAGUAUGGGGCUGUGAUACUUGCAUGGCUGAAAAGGAUGUCCAGUUGAUGCGUACUAGGGAGACUGCAGGGCCACCUGCAUUGAAUAGUGAUGGAUAAUGACAUUCACUGAUGCGGUAUUGAAAUACAUACUACAGAGGUAUUGCUCUUAAUGGUAUACUUCAUUUUCUAUAGACAAUCAAGGUUGGUGUGUGUGUUUUUUUUUUUUUUUUGCUUUUAGUCUAUCUUCACUCAUGAAAUUCCAUUUGUUUAUGUGAGUAUUUAAACUUUGAUCAGAAACAGACAAUGUUUGAAGAUCCAAAAUAUGUCUGGUAUUUGUUUCAUCACAAGCAAGUUUUGCAUUAAAAAUGAAUUACUGGAAUUAUUGAUGUCAGAACAUCUGCCUCGAUGAAUACAGGCUGCCAGUUAGUGCUGAGCCUUGAUGGUACUAUAUAUUGGAAGCAUUCAUUAUUGUUAUGUUUUAUGAAUGUCCAUUACUGUUUUGCUCAUGUCAGUGCUAUCUGUCCUGUGGGUAGGAGAAAAGGUGGAGGAGGUGACAUGGAGAAAGAGGAGUUCUAAUGAAUUUUAUUUUAAGAUGAGCACUAAGGAUUUUAAUUUUUUUUCUUAUUCUGCAUCUGAAACAAUUAAUCAACCUUGCAUUUGAUUGUUUUAGUAUUUGUGAUGUUUACACUUCAAAAUACAGUGCCUCCUGACUUCUCAGCAAAUAUUUAAUAGCCAAGAAUUCUAGUGAAAUCUUACGUUACUAAAAAUUCAGUAUUUUUACAACAUAUAUCAUAGCAUUACAUUUAAAAACACUAAAAUAACAUCAAGGUUGCAAAGUCAAGCAUUCAAAAGUUAGGGAAGGCCAGAAUUAGGCCCUUUCUGUGCAUAUACAGUAGGAUAUAGUCUUUAAUUUUACAUGAUCACAUGCCUCCUCUUAGGUGCCAGGGCACCAGCUGGCAGAGCGUUGACAGCACAAGAGAGACCGUCUCCCUGCUCUCAUAUUUACUGAGCUUGUGUGAACUGUGAUUUUUUUCAGUGUCUUGUAAUUUGGCCAACUUGGGUGAAUUUUUAUAAGGCUUGGAAAAGUUGUGAUCCACCUGCCAAACUUCAAGUCCAAAGUCAACUUCCAAAGUAUGGAAGUGCUAGAGCCUCUCAAUUUAAAUAAUUCUAAGAUAUAUUUUAACAUGGGCAACACAGCAUAUUUUUCCUAAACUUGUUCUUGGAAACAGCUAAACUGUGGAAUUUUCUCGACACCCGGCAUGAAAAUUCAACCCAAACGGUUAAAAUUUGGCAAAGUUAUAAGCAACUGAAAAUGAGGUUUUAUAAUGAAAGGUGUUGGGCAGCCUUAUAAUAGGUAGUGCUACUAGAUCUGUCUAUUAUAUUUACCCUUAUGCAAAUGAGUUAUAAUAAUCAUUAAAACCAAACCACACUUGUCAAACAUGAUAGAUGCUAGUCAUGUUGCUUAAUGCACUACCUGAAGGCGCUCAGAUACUGUGGUGAUAAGGAUGGUAUAAGAACCUAAAUAGAAUAGAAACAUAAAGGUCACUUUGUGAUACAUCAUCAUUCUUUUAAUUAAUUUUGAUUGUUUACUAAUUGAGUAGUUUACAAGGUUCCCCCACUGAGUGUGAAUUUGUGAGGUUCUAUUGUAACUGUGCUUCUAAACAUGACUUGGAGAUGUGCUGUCCUUUUGGUGUAUGUGUGUAGCUCCCCAUUAAUGUUAUAGGUUAUGUAUGAGCAUAAAGGGCUACGUACGGCUUGCUUAUAUUAUUAAAAGACCUUCUACAGUAUCUGGAGAAUGAUGCCCAGAGGUGGUGGUACUUUCUCACACCUUUUACAUCGCCUCACUGGGAAUAUCCUAGAGGUGUAAAGGCGAAUUUGGGCCUGUGUUUUCAAUAUUACUAGCUCAAUACAAAGGCUAACCUUCAGUUUUGCUAUUUUUCUUACUGGUUUGAUGACUUACAGUAGUAAUCUCUGCUAAAGUAAUGUCUUCAAGAAUUUUACCUGUGGCUUACUGGUUUAAUUCUAAUUUGUUUGUAGUAUUGAUGUAGAAAUUAAAACCAAAACCUUGUUCAGGUAGCAUAGGUUCCUAUGCGCCAGAUUCUGAUUUCUGUUGCACCAGUGCAAAUUGUGAAGCUUGUGAAGUUACCCCAGAUUUACACUGAUGUAACAGAAAUCAGAAUUCUGCUCAGCGACUAAGAAAUCCACCAGAGGCUAAGGGACGAUGCUUUCUUUGCUAGUUUGUGAUGAUAUGAGUUCUUCUAGAUUCCUAAUACAAAUAAAAGAUUCCAGUGUUUGUCCUUAGAAGUCCACUGAACAUUUUACAAUCCAGUGCAGGAGUCAGAUACUGUGUUUAAAAUGACCAUAGAAUUUCCUGCACCUCCCCUCCCUACCAAUUCCAGUAUUUCAGAGUAGACAUAUGCUUUCUACAUUUGUUAGAAAAAUAUUUCCAUAUGAAUGUAACCAAAUGUACUAAUUGAUUAGCAUGUGGGGGUGGGCAUGGGGUGAAAACCUGUGAGUUUCCACCCAAAUGUUUAGUCCUACAAAUAAAAGGCAUUAGCAAAUGCUAUCAAAGUACCAAAAUUAAACAGCUAUCAUAGCAUUGAUAUUGAUGUGGUCUCAGUAUUUCUGAACUCUAUUUACAGAGAGCAGAUGCAUUUGUUUUUAGAGUGUGUUAGCUAAUAGUAUUUCAAGUAUGUAUGAGAAAAAGAACAAUCAUGCUUAAAAUUAGAACCAUGCUAGUUAUGGGAUUAGGAGGGUUAGUUAGUAUACCUGAUUUUUGUAAUACUCUACAUGAAACAAUUUGUAUUGAGCUAUCAUGUAAUUCUUUCAAUGUUAGUGUUUUAGGUUGUACUGGUGCUUCACACCAAAAUAUUGUAAGGAUUUUGUAAAUCUGCAAACCUGGAGUUUUAUGGAGAAUGGAGGAAGUGGAUCAAACCCAUCUCCUUUAUAAAAUGGCUCAGAAUGCUGCUUCAUAGAAUGACUUCUCAGUAGUGUGGCUUCCCAAGUUUUUUAAUUUUUAAUCCCAGAUGAAAUAAAUAAUUGGAAAAUUAAUUGGUCGGUAACACUGACAAACUUAUUUUGCCUUAGACCAGUGGUUCUCCUGAUCCCAAAGUGGAUCGCAACUGUGUUUUAAUGGGGUUGCCAGGGCUGCUGUUAGACUUGCUGGGGUCCAGGGCUGAAGCCAAAGCCCGAGACCCACUGCCAGGGGCCGAAGCUGAAACCCGAGGGCUUCAGGCCUGGGUGGCGAGGCUCAGGUUACAGGCCCUCUGCCUGGGGCUGCAGCCCUUGAGCUUCAGCUUUGGUCCCCCCGCCCAGGGUGAUGGAGCUCAAGCAGGCUCAGGCUUCGGUCCCCCCUCCUGGAGUCGUGUAGUAAUUUUUGUUGUCAAAAGGGGGUUACGUGCAAUGAAGUUUGAGAACUUCUGCCUUAGACCAUUUUAAAUGUGCAAAUAUUUUAUGUACUGGUUUAAUAUUCUAAUAUUGUGUUGUAAUUAGUGGUGGGAUAAGAGGCACUGCUGUCUAUGAAUUAGAGAGAUAUGGGUGUCAAAAAUCCCAUCUUUUGUUCCUGGCUCUUUUUCUGAUUAUUUUUGUAACCUUAGACAAAUCAGUUAACUACCUGUGCCUCAAUUUACUUAUCUGUAUGAUGGGAUUAAUACUGACUUCACAGGGUGCUGAGAGGCUUAAUAUUUGAAAUCUUCAGAUGAGAGACACUGUAGAAGUGCCAAGUAUUAUAACAUAUUUAGUGUUUGCUCUAUUAAAAACAAAAGUAUAAUUUUCAGGGCUGCUCAAUAAGAUACUUUGCUAUCUGUAUAAAUUUCCGCUUAUGCCCCAAUCCUGCAAACACUCUUACACAUAUACUUAAUUUUAAGCAGGUGAAUAGUCCUAAUGAAGUCAGUGAAAUGAUGUGCAUGAAGUUAAGAAAAAUUCAGAGUGCUUGCAGGAUUGGGGCCUUCAUUUGGACUUCAUAAUUAGAUAUUCUUAAAUGUAUUUCUUGGUUUGAGAUGUUUACAAAAUCAGUGGUGUUGAAAUUUAGCACCUUUUUACAUUUUCUUUAUUCCAACUUAAUAGAAAUUAUUAAUAACUUCUGCAUAAAAUAAAUACUUCUCAUUUAUAUAUAAUAUUGCCUGCCUAAAAGUAUCUGUGACAUUUUAUAAAAAGGUCAUGCUUCUUAUGUUGUAUGUGACUUAAAUGACUGUUUCAUAUUAAAACUAGUCUUUCCUUAUGUACUGCUUACAUAUACCUGUUUUGGGAUAUCAGUUCAGUACUUUUAUACAAUCUUGAAUGUGUUCCACAUUGGUGACAUGUAUUUUUGCAACAACUUUUUUGUUUUGAUUAUAAAUUAAAGCAUGUCUGAAGUAAUACAUGCAUUAGUUCUGUGGUGUGUGGCAAAGUUAAUGUAUGUAAUUCAAAUUGGAAGAAAAGUGUCCAGACUUUGUCCAACAUUAACCCUAUUGCAAGGGAUUAAAUUACUAUGUAAUACAAAUUAUUUCAUAUCAUGAUGUGUUUUAAACUACUCUAUGAAGUAUGUGAAACAUUACACUUUAUGAAUUGGUAGCUGGCCUGGUAUCCUUGCAUAGAAUGAGAUAUGGUAGAUGGUAGCAAUUCAUAACUAAUACAGUGAAUACUUUUCAAAACACAUAGCAUUUAUGUACAAUGUGCCUGAUCUUUAAAUUUGUUGCUAUAAGUGUUUUUGCUUAGUAAGAGUUUCACAGUAUAUCACUAACAAAUGAGUGCACAUUUGAUUGCAUAUAACAAGUGUGCCAAUCCCAUUACAUCACUUUCUAUGUGGUUUAAAAAUAAUUUCAUUGAUUUAUUUCUCUUUUGGACACGGAUAUGAAAAUGCAGGAUAUUGUAGACAUCAAUGUAUUUUAAAUUUAUUCUUGUAGUGGUCAAUUGCCAAUUUUUGUUUGAGGAUUUGCUAUAUUAGAAUACUUUCUUCUUUAAAGCCAGAGUGAAUUAAGUGUACUGAAAAGCAGAACUCUAAAACAAUAUAACUACCAUGCACUACAUUUGGUGUAUGAGUCUUCUCUCAUUUGCAUUGAACUAGUAUACUUUCUCAGAGGCUCAUGUUUUAUAUAAAAAUAAAGGUUCAAUUUCAGGCUCUAAGUGCUUUUAGGGCCGGAGCCGAUCAAGUGCUUAGUGUCAUCAUUUCUUAUUAACUUAAUUAGAAAUUAAGGGAGCUUAACACCUCUCUGUGCUUAGCAUACAAGUAUUAAUGUGGUCCUGUAUUCUAGCUGGUCCAGGUGUACAACCCUGCACAGCCACCUGCAGAAAUUACUCAUCCCAAGAGCUAAGAAAUACCUCUUUUCACAUGUCUGAGUGUGGCCUAUGUUGUAGAUUUCUGUUACUCUCUUGUAUUGACACAUGCUGUAAGUCUUUGAAUGAUUAUGGAUUCAGCUCCAUGUUCUCAUCCUUCAGAGAUAACUGUGAGGGGAAAAAUGUUUCACGGGGAGAAAGAUAAUGCUGUGACUUAAGUUCCACAGGGAGAAUUUUUACAUUCUAUUUGCAUUUUUUGUCGCAAACUAGAUUAUUUUGGUUCAGGAGAAAUAUAAUUUAAGCAUUACUCAUUGUGCUGUAUUAUAUUUUAUGAAGAAUGAAAGGAAAACCUUAACAAUGACAAUUUAUGUCUUUUAUAUUCUCAACCAUUCACCUUCCCUGGUAUACCUGGAUAUCAAAAAUCAUUUUAAAAUCUGAACAACUGUGUAAUAUACAGAGGGCAAUUAUACUUCUCAUCUCUUUUAUGUUUGUUCUUUUCUUUUUCUUUCAUCUUUCUUAAUGUUGGAAUCAUCUGGUUCUAAAAUGAAAAAUGUGGAUUUUUAAAAUUUGACAUACAAUCCCUCCUAACUACUUGCACGUUUAGAGUUCGGAGUGGAUACUGCAUUUCAUUAUGGCCUUUUGAUAUUUAGUCCAUUAUGCACAUUUUUUCCCUAGUGUAAAGUUGAGUUAAUGUAAGGAAGUUACAGAUCUACUGCCAUCCAGACAGUACAUAACAUGAGCUGAUAAAUAUUGUUGACAUUUCAUUUUUAAAACAAAAAAUGUUAUAACUCUGUCUAGUAGUAGGUAUAUCAUGUUUAUGAGAUUUUAUAGGUCCAGCAUUGGUAGAAAAUGUAUAUGGCAAGUUUUCUCACACGCUGCAUGUAACAGUGUUGCAUUUCUGGUGUUCAGCUUCAGUUGUUUUCAAAAUAAAGCUAAUUUUUGAGGGGGAAAUGCCUGUUGAUUUAAUGCAGAGAAUGCAGCUUGCACAAAUUUUAACUUGCCUUGCAGUUAUAUUGUGAAGAUUAAUUUGGUUAAGACCCAAACUUGGGCAGGAAACAGUGUAAAAUUUCACUGUUCUGAGAAGGAAUUUGGGCACAGUAGCUUCUGGGGUGUUGAGCUAAUGUGGCAACCUUUAGACAGUGCAGCAUGUCCUCUGCAGUCAACCAACUCCCUGUCCUUGCCCCUUUGGAAGAGGUUACUCUCUUGUAGGGGCACCAGCCCAAAGCAACCCUGGAGCAGAGGCUGCAAUGCUGGAAGGCUUCUUGCAACCUGGCCCUAUUGCCUGCCUGCAUAGGGGUCAGAUGUUUGUGGAGUUUUUUGAUCAUGUGAAGUGCUAACAUGAUAAAGCUUUAUAAAGCUCUUUCACCUUG